AACAAAGACUCCCUACGACGAACUCUUUUGCAUGAAAAUACAAAAAUGGCAUCAAAAGAAGAAAAGCCACAGUGUAAAUUUGGAGCUAAUUGUUAUAGAAAGAACCAACAACAUAUACAAAAUUACAGGCAUCCCAAGAGAAAAAACGAUUCUGAGGAUGAUCAACAAAAAGAAUCCAAAAAAGUAAAGAAGGAAGAAGUUUCACCAGAAAAGACAAACAAAACUAUAACUGAUUUCUUUGGAGGAAAGAAGAAAGAAAAGACUGACAAUGGAAAUACUGAGAGAGAUGCUGACAAUGAACCAAAAGCAUCAAGUUCAAAUAAAAGUGAAGAAAUGGAGACCCAUGAUACAAAAGAUGUAGAAGAAUCUGUGGAGAGUAAAGAAGGAUCUGUGGAGAGUAAAGAAGGAUCUGUGGAGAGUAAAGAAGGAUCUGUGGAGAGUACAGAAGAAUGUGUGGAGAGUGAUGAAGAAUCUCUACCAUCACCAGAUGAUGUUGCAGAGAAUAUUAAAAGGAAAUUCCUUGUUGAAAUGCCUGAGGAUUUCUUUGAAUUCUGGGAAUUCUGCUGCCAUCUUGAUAAGAAGAAACCUAGAGAUGCAUUACAUGAUGUAUUAGGGUACCAGUUAGUGGGACCAUUUGAUAUCCUCGCUGGACGACAUAAGGGUGUAAGGAAGAAUAAACAUGGCAGGAAACCUAAUUACCUUCUGCAUUGGAGAUACUAUUACGAUCCUCCUGAAUUCAUGACAGUAAUCAGGGGAGACAACAAAUCUCAAUUUCACCUUGGUUAUCUUAGGGAUGAUCCAUCAGAGAUGCCUGUUAUGGUAGCAGCUAACUCUGCAGCUGAAUCUUGUAAUAUUACACCAAAGGGAGAUAACUUAUUUGCUGCAAUAAAGAAUUGUAUAGAUGAUCAAAUAAAAGCUAAAAACACAGAUGGCACAAAGAAGAAAAAGUUACAGAACAUUCAGGAUGAGGUGAUAGAAUGGGCCAAGAAGAAGAAAUACUCAUUAGACCUGAAGUCUAAGGGAAUGAAGGAUCGUGACAAGAAGGUUGUGUGUAAGACUUUCCAUGGCGCUGGUAUUGUGGUUCCAGUAGAUGAUAAUGACGUGGGUUAUCGUCCUGUUCCAGAAACACCAGGUGACUUGAAGAAAAUGAUGAAAAAAGUAGCGGAGAGUAAGACAGAAAAAGAAAGAGAUGAAAACAUGGACGCCAUACAGGAAUUAAUAACAUUAGUACAGUUUGCAAACGAUGAAUGUGAUUACGGAGAAGGACUAGAACUAGGCAUGGACUUAUUUUGUUAUGGUGAUAAAAGUUUCAGAUCAAUGAUGGAACACUUACUACCUCUAGCCUAUCAACUCCUCGGUCGGAUCGAGUAUGAACAGAUUAUAAAGGCACAUCUCAAAUCACGACAGAAGGGGACAGAUUUGAGUCAAUUAGACUGAUUAAUUUAUUAUAUGUCAAUCAUAGCAUCUUCAUACAUCUUCAUUGUAAAAUAAAAUUCAUUUA